AUGAUUCCUGGAAACUGGAUUUCCAGCAGGAGCAUUCAGCCAGCAACCAAGAUGUCCUCAGUGGGGAAGGUAACCAAAGUUUCCAGCGGCCAGGUCUACCAACAGAUCUUCAAGGCUGAGAUGCAGCUAAUCCACACCCUGGCAGCCUCCAGGAAGCAGGCUCUGGAGCGUUCCCAGACUCUGAUGAGGGGUGUCAGGAAACCUUUGAUGAAGAAGACGGAUAUUCCUGAGGGGGAGAUGAUGUCUCAUCGGCAGCGGAAAUGGGUGCACAGCCUCCCCAAUGACUGGAUCACAGAAAACCCUGUUCUCUACAGGGAACAGGAAAUAAUCAAGAUGAAGAAAGCUCAAGAGAGCAAGAGCACCAUUGCUGCCCGAGAAGUGCGGGGCCUCAUGGACACCGUAGUUCCCGAGAGCAUCAGCACCCUCGCCCCUCAAGUGGAACGAGACAACAAGAGGAAAGCCUACGAGAGUGCUCUGGGGAACUUUAAGGAGGAGAUUGCUCAGAUCGGGAUGGAAAUGGAACCUCUCAUCUUAGAGUCAGGAGCAUGUCUUUUACAAAAACUGAUUGGGUCUGAUGAAGACAUCAACCUUCUCUUCAAAAAGGUGGAGGACGGCAACUUGGAAAGCUACAGUAUCCAAACCCUGAUGGAGCUGUGGGACCAGGUGACUGAGCGGUACCUGUCUCAGAAGCAGGAGGUGAAGGGGCUGGAUGAGACGCUGCACUCGCUUGAAUUCUCCCGGGCAGACAAACUAAAAUUUGUGUUGAAAAAAUACGUGGGGAUCAUAGAGAAAACUUCCUACCUCAUGCAGCCGGACGUGUACAGGCUGAUAAAUAAAGAAGCCAUGAUCAUCAACCACGCUCUGCUGGGUAACCGGAGGGCCCUCGCCCAGCUGUUUGUCAACCUGAUGGAGGCCACACUGCAGCAGGAGCUCGAAAGCCAUCGCCGCUGGCAGGACCUGGUGGAUGUGUGGAAAACUCUCAAGAAGGAGGCCGUGGUGCAGAGUUUCUGUGAGUUCAUGGCCAGUGAGAGGAUCCAGGCUCCUCCGACUGUGAAGAAGAAGCUGGAUAGCAUACUGAAGAACCAGGAAGUCCUGCAGAAGAAGCGACUGGACCAUCUCUGCACCAUCUGUGACCUUCUGCCUCCCAAUUACAGUAAAGCUCAGCUGAUGGAAUGGUAUUCUUCUCUCAACUCCCUGAAUAAGAACCUCGAUGACUACCACGUGAACUGCAUGAUGCAGAUUCACCUGCUGUACGAGGACACAUGGCAGGAGUGUCUGGCCCAGGUGCAGAAGAGUAAGAAGCAGCUGCUGGACUGCAAAGCCUUCACGGAGGAGGAGGUAGAGAGCCUGCUGAACCCAUCCUUCUUCCACAUGGUGGGAAAGUUCCAGAGCAAGAUGGAGGAGGAGCUGGAGUGCUUAGAUAAAUCCUUUGAGGCCCUGGCAAAGCGAACAGAGUGGCAGAGCCUGGACCUCUUCAGCUACUUCCAGGAUGCCGUGCAGCUGUGGGAGGCGCAUCAGAAUGAGCUGUCUGUGCAGGAGCUGGAGCUUGAGAAGAGGAUGGAGUAUCAGCAGCAGAAAUGCAGCCUGGAGGACCAGGCCCAGGAAGACCAGCUUGACCAGCUUGUGGACCAACUGCGGCAGCAAAGCCUUGAGGAAACACUGAAGCUUCACCUGGAAAGGGCCAAAGAUUUUCUGAAGACUAUGAAAAGCAGACAUGAGAGUUCUCAUGCCCUCCUGACAAAGGAGGUGACAGAGUACCCCAUGAUCAUCCUGACGACGCUCAACUCCUACAGCUCCUCCCUCAGCAGACACUUCUAUGUCCGUGAAAUCUUUGAACAGAACCUAGAUGGUGAUGUCAUUUUCAAAAUAAGGGAACCAGAAGCACGUGAAAAUCAGUUCCAGGAGAUAAUGAGAAAACAGAGGAGAAAAAAGUGGUCAAAAGCAGAAGAGAGCAAAAUAAAAAUAACCAUAACUAGAGGAACAAGUUCUUCAAGUUCAGCCGAAGAAAUGGAAAGAGAUCAAGACAUCGGGUCAUCCACGACUGAUGAGAUAGACCUGCACCAGCAGGAAGUGUCUAUCCUGGGUGAUGAACUAGAUGAUCUCAUAGAGAGCAAUAUGCAGAGAUGUGAAGCAAUGCAGGCUGACAGGGGAAGUUCCCUGACAUUAUCUCUGGACCAAGAAGAGGUGAUGGUUCAAGAAAAGGAGGAGGAGGAGAUGAAGGAAAAGGUGAAAGAGGAAAAUGAGGAGGGAAAGGAAGAAAAGGAAGUGGUGGAGAAUAAAGAGGAGGAAGGAGAGGAAGAGGAGGAGGAAGACCAGGAGAGUUUGCUUAUGGAUGAGGUUAAAGUUGAGGAAGAGAGUGACGAUGAGCUCUCCGAAGAGUUUAUGGAGUCCUUUACAACCUCCAGUGGGAACACUUAUUUUGUCUUUCUGCCCCUGGAACAAGAGGAGGAGAGUUGCAAGAAACCCCAUGUCAGUCUUUCUGCCAUUCUCAUAAAUGACACUCCCAAUGCCAAGUUUCUAGAACAAGUGAUCAUUCCAUCCAAACUCAUUUCAGAAAUUAAGAAACAGCUUCGAACUGGUUUUUUUGAGCACCUAGAGAAGUGGUUUGACCAGCGUUCCCUUCACACCCGCGUCGUUGCAUCCACCAAGAUCAAUAAGCUGGAGUCAGAGCUGGAGCUGUAUCUGCACCUGCACCAGCCAAGAGCCCAGAUCAUUGAAAAGGACAUCCACAACGUCAGGGCAGCUGAGCUCUUGCUACACCAAGAGCGGCUGGACAGCCACUGUGCUGGGGUGGUCGAGACCCUGAAGAAGGAGAAGAUGAUGUUUUACCAGUUCCAAGAAGAGCAAAACAUGCGGAGCAAAAACUUCCGCCGCAAGAUUUACGACAUGGAACAUGUCUUCUUGAAUGCCACUAAAAGUCAGAGGCUGACCACUCUGAGCACCACGCUGCACCGGGAGCUGCUUAGCUACGUCGACGUCAUCCAGGUGUCCCUGCGCAGCUUCCGGCAGUACCUAGAGGAAAGCCUGGGCAAGCUCCGCUACUCCAACAUUGACUUCAUCAAGCAGUGCAGAUUGUUUGCAGAGGGAGGCAACUUUUCUUCUGAAGAAAUUGCUGCACUGUGUCAUCGACUAGAGAAGGAAGCUUCCCGGAUAGAGUUUGUGGAAAACUUAAUCAUGAUCAACAUGGAGAAGAUGGAGAAUGAGUACCUGGAUCAGGCCAAUGAUGUCAUCAACAAGUUUGAAAGUAAAUUCCAUAACCUGUCUGUGGACCUUAUUUUCAUAGAGAAAAUCCAGCGGUUGCUGACAAAUCUACAAGUGAAAAUCAAGUGUGAGGUGGCAAGAUCCAAUUUGCAAGCAGAGGGAUUAAAUUCUUGUCUGAAGCAGCUUCAAAGCAAGAUAGAAAUGUAUCGAAAUUCACGGGGAGAUAAAAAAAUGGUGAACUCAGAAGACCUCCUCAACUUUGUGCAAAUGUGGAAAGAAAAACUGAACCAGAGGAUUCAGUACCUUGACUGCAUCCUGGGCAUGAUCACGCAAGUGAUCUUUACUGAAAACCUCAUGGACAACCUGGAGGUUGAGAGUGAUGUUCUGACCUCUUCAGAAGUCCUUGAAGAGGAAUCCAAGGUAGAUCACAUCGUUCCUGAGUGCUUUGCCCAACCGAGCCGCAUGGGGAAGUCUAUGAUUGAAGACCCAGCUCUGGAGGUUGUUAAGAAAAUUCUGCAACCUCUCACUUCAAAAGGCUCUACCCAUCAGUGUGACAAAGAUCGGUCCCAGACAGGUAGAGUCAAACAGGCGUGUGGGUGUUAGGGAACUAGCAGCGGGGAAGCCGCAGGUACCACCUGGUCCACCCUACCUCGGGUCCUCUGCUUUUGUCCUGGGUGCUCAUCCUCCGAAGGCUUGAGGCGACAUCAGAACCGGGGGGAACACUUCGUGAAGCUGUUGCCCAGUACCAGUGUCACCUCAUUAGGGAGCUUCACUCGGCACACCAAGCCCAACCGAAUGGACAGAAGGUACCAGGUGCUCGGGGACAAGCCACCUCCUCCUUCUGAGACUUUUAGAGGCAUCAUCCUGAGCCUGUUAUGGGACAGCAAUGAACAUCUGCUGCUGGUCGCAGAGGACUUCUACCGCAAAGAGAAGCGCUCUGUCACCAGGCCUGAAUGCAUGUAUGAAACCUUUGACCAGUGUGCAGAAAACAUUGGCAAAAAGACCUUGGAUUACCUCAGCGAGACAGACGAGUACCACAACUCCUGCCUCAUAGAAUUACGGACCCAGAUGAGGAGGUUUGAAGAACUGCUACCCCAGGUGUGUUGGCUGGUGAUGGAGAAUUUCAAGGAGCACCACUGGAACAAUUUUUUUACCUCUAUCCAAGAGAUCCGGGAAGAGUUCCGGGAAUAUCAGAAACAGGUGGAAAAAAGUAAGGAUGAAAAUGUCCAGAAACUUCACCCAAAUCUUGGACACCCCACACAUUAUCAGACAAUGGAGUCGCUGUGUCAAAUGGAAGAGAAAAGGCAGGAAGAUUUGGAUGCGAUGAUCAUGGCAACUAGGGAGAAGCUGGAGGAAUUAACCAAGAAGAGCGGGCGGUUUUUCAUAUCCAGCUUGGCCACCUUCACUGAGAAGUUCCUGCUGCAGUUGGAUGAAGUGGUCACCAUCGAUGACAUCCAGGUUGCUAGGAUGGAGCCGCCCAAACAGAAAACAUCCAUUCUCAUACGGAGGAAACUUGCUGGACACUCACUACAGGAGGAGAUUGAGAAGCCCCUGAUUGAACGUGGGAGCAGGAAGUGGUCGGGAAUCAAACCAACCGAACUCACCAUCCAAACCAAGAUUCUCCUCCGGAAAACAUCAUCGAUCACCACCAACAAAACAACCCUGGGCCACCUGGCAGCUGUGGAAGCCCGAGAUACUGUCUACCUGAAGUACUUGGCAUUAUUUGAAGAGGAGCUGAAGAAGAUCCAGGAUGAAAACACAUCACAGAUGAAGGAAGCUCAGUGCUGGAAGGACAGCUGGAGGCGCUCCGUGCACAUCAUCCGAGGCCUGUACAUGUGACACCCUCAACCACACAAAUAAAG